CACAUGAUUCAGAUGUCAUAUGACAUCGAUGAGACGGCGAAACAGGGAAUGACCGAGGAACUCUCCGACAGUUCACACAUGUAUUUAACAAAACCCUCAUGUAAUAAAUUUACAUCGAUAAUCAGAUGUGCUGACUCUUGAAUAAAUUACUGCGGGAUCAUGGAGCGUUUGGGAGUUUUGUCUGUUCUAGUCACCGCAUGUGUAUUGGGAGUGGUGAUGAGUCAGUCAACCCUCAGCCCUGCUAUGACAAUCACCACAGUCAGUGCAAACGUGACCAUUGCAAUUCCCACCACUACAGCUGCCAGCUGCUCUGCACUCAACACGUCCAACUGCGAGGCCUGCGCUCCUGGAUCCUAUUCCAAUAAUGAGACUCUGCAGUGUUCUUGUUGUCCAAAGGGUGGUCUGUGUAUGUUCUCUGGAGCUUGUCUUCCCUGUACUCAGGGUUUCUAUCAACCUCUAGCGGGACAGCAGGAUUGUCAGCCCUGCUCAUCUGGGUAUUACAGCAAUUCCACUGGAAGUCCUAUUUGUCAGGCAUGUCCUGCUGGUUCUUACAGUAAUAACACAGGCUCUGUGUCCUGCAGGGCCUGCACACCAGGUUUCUACACGUCUUUGCAGAAUUCAACAACUUGUAAUCCAUGUCCACAAGGCUUGUACUGCAAUUCCUCCAGUUGCGCCCAGUGUCAGAUCUGUCCUGCAGGAUCAGAAGCUCUACAGAUCGCUGCCAAGGAAUGUACACCCUGUCGCCCAGGAAUGCACAAGCCGUCCCAUCAAGCAAUGUGUCAGAUUUGCAGUAGUGGUUUCUACCAGAUCCGCUGGGGUCAGGAGAACUGUGUCAUGUGUCCUGAAAACCACUACUGCCCUAGUCCUGAUGUAAAUCCGAUCCAGUGCCCCUCUGAUGCCUUUUGCCCUGAGGGUAGCAUGGCCCCUGGUUACUGUAUGGAGACCUUCUUCAGAAAGGCAGGGGAGACGUGUGAACUUGCUCCUGUUACUAUAUCACUCCUUGUUAUUGGAGGAGGAGUGGGUCUUCUCUUUAUCAUCAUUUUGGUUUUGCGGAGGAGAAGAGAUAACGACAGUGAACUCUCCCUAGCUCGAACGCCACUUCUGCGAAAAGACCGACAACCUGGUCGCUUCUACCGAAUCCCAUGUGAUGCAGAACCUGUAUAUGCAGGCUGGUGAUGUUGCCUCAUAUGUCCCAAACCAAAUUCCUCAAAAAAACCAGAGCACCUCUACAUCAGCUCAGGCUUGCACGCACCUUUGGGUUGAAAUCUGGACAUCAUGAGAAUGUAGACACAGAAGCUAAAAAAUAAAUAUGGAGUAAAGAAGAAAAAAAGAACCUUUUUCAGUUGCACAUACUUUGUAUGACAUUUUCUAUUUAGAUUAACCUUUUAUUGAACUGUCCUAAACUUUAUGUAUCGGCAAGAUACUGUCAAAUAUUUAUUGAAUGAAGACUAGGCACUUUUCUAAAUUACAUUUUUAAAUCUGUUCACUGCUGACCAUCUUACAGAGUUAGGAUUAAUUUUUGCCUUUUCUUUAAAUAUUGCACCAAAUAUAAUUAAGUUAAAGGAAUAUUCUGGGUUCAGUACAAGUUCGGCUCAAUCAACAGCAUUUGUGGCGUAAUGUUGAUUGCCACAAAAAUGUAUUUUGACUUGUUCCUCCUUUUCUUUAAAAAGAGCAAAAAUGGAGGUUACAGUGAGGCGCUUACAAUGAAAGUGAAUGGGGGACAAGUUUUGAAUGUUAAAAUACUCAGUUUCAAACUUUUAGCCACAAGAUAUAAAGGAUAUGCAUGUAAACAUGAUCUUAGUAUGAUAAAUUAAAUUGCUAACCUUUUCUGUGGAAAGUUAAAGUCAAUUUUACAACUUCGUAACUAUGAAAAUAUAAUGUCAACAAACCCUAAAACGACUGUGAAAAUGAUCAUUUAGACAACUUUACAGCUCAAAUAAUACAUGAGUUUUAACAGAAGAAUGAAUGGAAGUGCUUUUAUACAUUUGGCAGACGCUUUUAUCCAAAGCGACUUACAGUGCACUUAUUACAGGGACAAUCCCCCCAGAGCAACCUGGAGUUAAGUGCCUUACUCAAGGGCCCAACAGUGGCAUUUUGGUGGUACUGGGGCUUGAACCCCCAACCUUCUGGUCAGUAACCCUGAGCCUCAACCACUGAGCCACCACUGCUCCACUAUUUAUAAAAUAAUAAACUUCAAAUUUCUGUCUUUAAACCCUCCAUAAAUUGACCCCAUUCACUUUCAUUGUAAGUGCCUCACUGUAACCUCCAUUUUUACCUUUUUUUUUUUUUUAAAGAAAAAGAGGGACGAGCCAAAAUGUAUUUUUGUGUUAAUAAACAUUAUGCCACAAAUGCUGUCGGUUGAGCUGAACUUGUAUUGAACCCAGAAUAUUCCAUUAAGCCAUGGCACUGAAUCCCUUUAGGACUUUGUGUUGAAUUAUGCUUUUUUUCACAUAUUGUGUUUAUUUCUUGAUGCCACAAGAUUUUACUACCUGGGGUCCUCAAGGUACUUUGUAUUAUAUAGAUCUGCAUUAUUGCUUGUAUUUAACUUGUGAUGUGCCAAAUUUGGACUAUUCCCACUGUGUAUGCUGGAAUAAAAAGCUUUGCACAAC